UUUUGGUAUAAAAGAAUAACGCAUUUCUAUGACUUUUUGUAUGACACUUUUGUGUCGGUAUCAAAUAUUUUGUGCGCGGUAAUGCUUCUUACUGCUGCUGACUUUUAACCUCAAAAUUCGCAAGAGUCACCAUUUAGCAUAAAAGCUGAAAUAAUCGAAUAAAUGAUUAUCAUCUUUGAAAGAGUAUAAGAACAAAAUCAACAUGGAUGUUAGCACACUCUUCAGAGCAAGUGUAAAAACUGUGACACUGAGAAAAAGAGAUCUUGAGGAAAAUGACAUAAAACCCUCGAUGAAGAAACUGACUCGAACGUCAGAAUUCUGCAAGAAGGCACAGGCAGUAGUGACCCAAAUUUUCAAACUCAGAGAAUUUUUGUUGGAAAAACGUUCAGCUUAUUUGAACUUUUCCAAUCAUUUGGCGAGCAAAGGUCACAUGAGCGACGAAGAGAGAGAUCAGCUAGAUCAGGGAUCGCAAAAGAUAAUGUCGACUUGUUCGCAGCUGAUAAAAGAAUUGAAGCGAGAAACAGCGGAGACUGAAGUGUCACCGCAGACUUUGGAGCAUCGUGAGAUAAUGUUGUUUCUCAUAGAAGAGUAUUUGAAGAGCGUUUGCAAGAUAUACUCGGAGCAAAAAGCGAUAAGAGUAAAGAGAGCCAUGGAGACGCGAAAAUUGGCAAAGCUAGAACUGGAGAGCAGAGGAAACGAGCACGUCGCGAAAUUACGUGACAGAAUGAAACUCAAUGGUCCCAAUGAAUUAAGCGUUGAGUCUAAGGAUCUCGUUGGUAGUUCAACGGAGUCAAGUCCCAUGAAAGUUCAAGAAAUCAACGGUGACGUGAGUACUCUCAACUACGAUGAAGAGCUUACGGCCGAGGACAUACAAAUGUUCGAAUCUGAAAACGAACAAUUGCACAAUGAACUGAACACCAUCACCGAAGAGGUCAAACAGAUCGAAAGCAAAGUUGUUCAUAUAGCUGAACUGCAGGAAAUAUUUACGGAAAAAGUGCUUGACCAAGACAAAGAUUUAGACAGACUCAUGACCACCGUUGUCGGAUCAACCGAAAACGUUAAAAAAGCAAACGAACAAAUUCGCGAAGCCAUACAAAGAAACGCUGGUCUCAGAGUCUGGAUUUUAUUCUUUUUGCUCGUUAUGUCAUUUUCAUUACUUUUUCUCGACUGGUACAAUCCCUGAAUUAGUUCAUGAAAAAUGAAAUUUCAACUUUUGUGAUAAAAUCACCGUUUUACUUUUUUACAUCGUAGUCUCGCCUCAGUCUCGUUCAAAAAUAAACUCUCUGGUCGAUGUGCAAAAACUUGAAUACAACUUGCAAAGCAGUCCAGAGUGCUAGCAACACUUUUUCAUCCUGCGGGAUCUCAAAAACAUACAUUUUUGGGCAAAAUGUCCAGUAUAAAAUUUAUAAUUUUAUAUACCAACUUCUAUUGUUCUAUCUCCAAAACAAAGUGAUCAUAGUUCAAAUUUUUCGAUAAACUUCAUCAUCAAACUUUUUAUGGUUGAGAGUAUAAUAAUGGGUCGAAAAGUUUUGAAUAGAUUCUGUAAAACAUGAAACUUCCUGCUUAAGCUUCUUGAGAUUGAGGGUCGUAUCUAUAAGUGACAUAUCAGUGUGUCGGUUGUUCGUAUACACCCACAACUUAAUUUCAUAUUUAACUCCAGAUGUCUAAUCAACUUUUGUGAGAUCGCAAUAAUAAGAAGAUGUGUAAAACGGUGCAGAAUUUGAUUUUCAAUAUCUCGAAUACUUCUUUGUCUUGGUAAUUAAUUGUACUGUUAUUGAUUUUUGAAAGUAACGUUGAUUAUUUCAACUAACGAAUUUUCGGAUAUUUUAUUCAUUGUAAAUAUACGAGUGACAAAAAAUAUCAAAUAUUUUCACGUAUUUUUAUGUGGUGAUAAUGUACAGAUAUACGAAUCCUGAAAUAAAGUUUGUCGACUUUAAUUAAUUAA